AUCCCUAAUUUUUCUUACCGCGUACCCUGCAUUAGAAUUAGAAUGCGCGUUAUUUGUUUUUUCAAGGGCUAUAAAUACGCCCCUAUCCCCAUGUGUAUGGUUCAUGCAAAUUUUCCAGCAAUCAAGGAAGAAGUUCUCAGCAUUCACACAUAGGAGCAUGGAACAUUGAAGGCCCAAUCUAAAGUCACAUUCUUUCCUACACUUCCUCAUAACACACUCCUCUCCCUCUCACUCUCACUCCACAUAAUAUAAAUUUCUGGUUGCAACUCAACAAAGUCCACAAACAUUUUCAAAUCUCGAGUCUCACACUUCUUACACCACACACACAAACCCUUCUCUUCAUUUCUCACUCUCGGGAACUUUUUUUUUUUUUUAAAGAAAAGGGGAAAAAUAGAAAGAAAAGAAAAAGGGAGAAGGAGUGAGAAUAACAUGAACAAACAACUCAGGCUGCUCUGUCUCUUUAUCCUCUUCUCCUUAUUUCUCUGUGUGGGUUUCGCCGGCGCCGGAGACGCGGCGGAGAAAAACCCGUUCACCCCAAAAGCCUUCGCGAUUCGGUAUUGGGACAAAGAGAUCCGCAGCGGGUUACCGAAGCCACCGUUUCUUGUAUCAAAGGCGUCGCCGCUGAGCGCGGCGGAGGCGGCGGCGUUCUUAAAGCUCGUCUCCGGGAACUCGCUCUCCACGCGGCUGCCGGAAUUCUGCGCCGCCGCGAAGCUCCUCUGCUUCCCGGAGGUGGGGCCCCGCCUCGAGAAACACGACAAAGACGCGAACUUUGCUGUUUACAGAGACAAUAACUUCACCAACUACGGAACGGGUCGACCUGGUGGACUCGACUCGUUUAAAAACUACUCCGAGGGAGAGAAUAUUCCGGUGAACGAUUUCCGGCGAUAUAGCCGCGACUCCGCCGGGCAUAAAGAUGGUUUUCUGAGCUACGGCACGAACGGCAACGUGGUGCAGCAGAGCUUCCAUACCUACGCCGCCGGAGCCACCGGCGGCACCGGCGAGUUCAAGCACUACGCCGACGAAACCAACGUCCCGAACCUCGGCUUCACCUCCUAUUCCGACAACGCCAACGGCAGAACCCAAUCUUUCUCUUCCUACUCCGAAAACGGCAAUGCCGGCGAGCAGACAUUCACCUCGUACGGCAAAAAUGGCAACGGCCCGACCAACGUGUUCGCCUCGUACGGAACAGAGUCCAACGUUGUCGGGUCCGGGUUCUCCAACUACGCUGAGACCGCCAACGCCGCCAACGACACCUUCAAAGGCUACGGCAUAGACAUGAACAACCCCACCAACACGUUCUCCAACUACGCUGCCGGCGGCAACGGCGCCGUCGAGAGAUUCUCCAGCUACCGCGACAAGGCCAACGUCGGCGCCGACUCCUUCACCUCGUACGCCAAAGCCGCCAACGCCGCAGACAUCGGAUUCUCGAACUACGGCAAGUCCUUCAACGAGGGAACCGACACGUUCACCACGUACGCUAAAUCCUCGGAUGGCGAAACAAAAGUAGGGUUCACUUCCUACGGCGUAAACAACACUUUCAAGGAUUACGAGAAAAAGGGUACCACUGUCUCAUUCGCCAGGUACACCAACAUUAGCACGACCCUCUCAGUUUCAGCUUCAUCAGUCAGUGGCAGUUUGGUAAAUAAGUGGGUGGAGCCGGGUAAGUUUUUUCGUGAGAAGAUGAUGAAGGAAGGAACCGUGAUGCCGAUGCCUGACAUAAAAGAUAAAAUGCCGGAAAGGUCGUUUUUGCCCCGGAGCAUUUUAUCGAAAUUACCGUUUUCGGUUUCGAAGAUUGAUGAGUUGAAGCAAGUCUUCAAGGCUUCUGAUAACGGCUCCAUGGAGAAGAUGAUGAAGGACUCGUUGGAGGAGUGCGAGCGUGCACCGAGUAGCGGCGAGACAAAACGCUGCGUUGGGUCGCUCGAGGACAUGAUCGACUUUGCAACCUCUGUUUUGGGCCGAAACGUCGCCGUUCGGACUACCCAGAACGUGAACGGGUCCAAGAAGAGUGUGGUGGUGGGGCCCGUCAGGGGAAUCAACGGUGGUAAAGUCACCCAAUCAGUGUCGUGCCACCAGAGCCUGUUCCCUUACCUGCUCUACUACUGCCACGCGGUUCCUAAGGUUCGGGUCUACGAAGCGGAUCUUCUCGACCCGAAAACAAAAGCUAAGAUUAACCGCGGAGUUGCCAUCUGCCACUUGGAUACAUCGGAUUGGAGCCCCACACACGGAGCGUUUCUCUCGCUCGGGUCGGUCCCGGGUCGGAUCGAGGUGUGCCACUGGAUCUUUGAGAACGACAUGGCGUGGACCAUUGCGGAUUGAGAAAAGAGACCAUCAGAAUAAGGAAUAAGAGUCACUUCUAUAGGAAAUUAAAGUUAAAUUAAAACAAAAAAAGAACUUCUGUUCUGCUAAGAAAAUUUAGCAGUCUCGAGAAUUAUUUGUUUUUAAUUUAAAAAUUAAGUAAUGUAAUUUUAUUUUUUUUGGAUAGAAAAGUUUAAGUCAUGUUUUUUUUACUACAUUUGGAAGAAGAAGGUAUAUUAUUAUUUACUCAUGAUCAUUGUUGUUAUUAUUAGCUUGGCAAGAUGUAUGUAAAUGUCUUUCCUAAUGAUUGGAGGCAAUGAAUCAAGAUUUGAUGCUCUUAUAAUAAAAUGUUACUAAUU